AUGUCAGACGGAGUUCUCUAUUUUGUGUUCAUAUGUAUUGAACGUUUAUCUCAAGUAUGGGUAUAUUUGCUGUUGGCAGUGGUAGUUGCUACAAUAUAUUUGAUAAAUGAGGAAACGUCCAGAAGACAGGGUCUGCCAUUUGGAGAAGGUUUGGGUAAGACUCUGUUUAAAGCACCAAAAUCCGGAUGGGACCAACAACAGAAGCCAGACGCUGAGGUCUCUAGAGUUCACAGGACUCGCUCAAAAUUAGAUGCAUUGUAUAGUGGUAGUUCGGCUCCAGCUAUAUCAACUUCGACCGCUGUGUUUCCGCAGUUUCAGCCCCUUCGAACUAGCACUUCUGUGACUGUACUCAACGUUACAAGCGGUAUUUUCUGUGCUUCAUUUACUGUGAACUGGGAUAAAUUUUUAUCUUUAAAUCAACGGAAUUAUCAGCAAGUUCUUGUUCAGUUGCAUCUUAGUCUUGAGAUUUCGUUGUCUCAGAAUUCAAAAUACUUAUUGUGCUCUGGUACCUUAUCUGUUUCACUUAAAGUUUUAGUAAUUGGAGAGAAAUUGAACUCUCAAAUACAAAUUGACAUGUUUGGCGUUACAAAAGAUUCUGUGGUGCAGAAUCUGGACAUGCAUCGCGCUUGUACAGUUUCUGUGGUAGUUGACUCCACAUUUUCUUUUAAUGAAGUUAAUUUAGAAUUUUUGGAUGCUGAAGUUAUUGAAGCAGCAGCGAAUACAUACAACAUUUCCACCUUAACUCUUGUUUUUCAACCAACAAUUAUUGUUUGUAAGCAUUAUGGUAGGUUAAAAUGUUUUGCUCGUCUUUCGCUUACCCUUAGGUUGUUGAAUCAAAAAGUUCAGUGGUGCUUGGUCAACGGCCGUAAUCUCUUGAAUAAAAAAGAGCCGCCGAAUACUAUUAAGGAGGCCUCAGAAUCGACUGCAACUAUUGAUGACCAGGAUGGUGAUAAAGGUAGAUUUAUUCUCUUUAUUUUCUAUCUUACAUAUCUUUCAGCUGCCUUUCGCUUCAAAAGCUCUGCAUGCUGCAAUGAUUAG